UCUCCCUCACGACGCCCUUGGAGGAGCUUCGCCGAGGACGUGGUGCGGGAGAGCUCGGAAGACACCUCGGAAUGCCGCCGGCUGGGAGGAAGCGCCUGGGGAGAGCUGCGAAGGCCCCCGUGGAGGCUCAGGGUAUGGCAGCCUAUGACUUUGGGAGACAAGAGAGAAGACAGCUGAGCGGGCCAGAGGUGCAAGGAAACAAUCCAGUAACUGAUAACUACUGGGGAAGAAGUCCUCCAGCAGGAUCAUUUCUGGCAGAUGUUGGGAAUGAAUUACAGAAUAUGUUGGAAAGAUUUGAAGGUGACACUAAAAGGAUUUUUUAUGCAAAGAGAAAAAGAUGCAUGAUGGAUACCAGAGCUUCUGUCAAAAGCAUUAACCAGAAAAUUGAGCGUGUUUGGAAGACCCAGGAAGAGCAAAGGCAGAAGCUUUAUCACGAAUACUGUCAGCAGUUUCUAACUUUGUUUCAAGAGUGGGAUACAGAUGUGCAGAAAACCAAGGAGGAAGAAGAAAAACUAGCUAAUAUAUUUCGACAGCAACAAAAGGUUUUACAACGCUCUAGAAUUGUUCAGAGCCAGAGAAUGCAAGCAAUUAAAGAGUUGUAUGAGCAAUUCUUAAAGAGUAAAGAAGACUUAGAGAAGAAUCAGGAAAAUUUUCUUAUUGGUGAACAGAGCGAACUUGGGAAGGAAAUGGUCGUGUUGCAAAAACACCUUAUGAUGGCACAUCAGCAACAAGAGGUGGCAACUGUUCGAAAGUCUCUUCAGUCUCUGUUAUUUUAAUGACAUUUAAAGAAAGGACUUGAACUAAGUAACAUGGUAAUUGUGGUCCAACAAUUCCAGCUUAAAUGAUUACAUCUUGUUACUUGUUGGCUUAAGUGCAAGCCCCUCUUUCUGUGGGCCUAAACAGUUAUGUGAGUAACAACAAUCCCAAAGUUACAUGCAGGAAACGUUCAGAAAUUUGGUAGCAAUGGCGACU